AUGGCGGAAGCCGGUCGUGAAGACUCAGGUGGCCUGGGUCUUGAAGCUGAGUUGGAAUUGCAGGAUGCGACAACGCGCUCUACCACUAGCGCUCCUGAUACGAAUAACAGAACUAGCGAACGCGUAACUACUGGUGACCACGGGGCAUCACAUAGCGACGGCUCGGAAUAUGGUGAUGAUCCUGAUAUUAAGAGAUCUAUCGAUAGUAGCUACUCGCAUUGGAAUCCGGAGCCAGGGUUCGCGCACAUCGACGGCGACAUUGACGGACAUGGCUACAAUCAGACUACGGUCGAUAUUAUCGCCAUACCCUGCGUCGGCGCGUCUUCUGUCGAUACUUGGGCUAGGGAUCCCCUCACGGAGGACUACUUUGGCUUUCCUAUGUCGAAUGAGCUGCACCACUACUCAACUGUCAAGGAGCUACCAGGAAGCAGCAUUCUCUCGCCCACAAUCAACCGUCCCUUACCCAAGGCGAGCCAGAUGUGGAUCAGGCAGGGAAUCCGUAAGGAAGUUAGCACGGCGCGAGUGAUGCUUUACCGUCAUCGCGAAUUGACAGAGGGCAUGACGCUCGACCAGGCUGCUGAUGACUUGCUUGAUCAGAUUUCAAAGAUCCGCGCGCGCCAGUCAAAAUCAAGACCUAUCUUCUUCAUAUGUCAUAGCAUUGGUGGGCUUGUUGCGAAAUUGGCUUUAGUCAAGGCGAACCAGAAGCCCGAGUUUCGGUCUCUGAUCUUCGAUUGUCAUGGCAUCGCUUUUUUUGCUACGCCGCAUCGUGGCUCCAGUUACAUGUCGAUGCCCCAUCUACGAGAUAGCAUCCAACAACUAAUGUUUCUACAAAGUCCGCUUCCCAGAUCCAUCGCUCGCGAGUUGAAAUUAGGGAACAAGUCGUUGCUUCAUAUACAUGAUCAGUUCAUGGAUCUUGCUAGCGAGUUACGCAUAUGGACGUUUUACGAGACAGUCGAUUCCCAGUUGUCCGGCCUCGGCAGUUCUGACAUUGACGAAGUCCAUUUCAGCGCUCCGUUAACAUCCAUCAAAUCAGGACUACUCGGGAGUCGAGGAGAGCAAGCCUUGUCUCUUGAGAGCGAUCACGCUCACUGUGCCUCGUUCGGACUUGGCAACAUCCGAACGAUGCACUCAUUUUUAGCUGAUUUAGGAGCCGCAGUCCGAAAGGCGGAAGAGCUAAGCGCCAAUUUUGAACAUACGCCACUGAGAUUAAGUGAAAACAUCAAGCUCGAAUUGGUCGGCUUCUACGGAGACCCUGAAGGUGAAUCCGGUCAGGAAAUUAGGCUCUACAUCUCGAAACAUAUCUUGAAAGAUUUUCUCGAGAAAGGCCCCGAGAAGUGCUUUCAGGAACGUCCGUCGCCAAUUGCAGGUGCAUUGGGGAUCGUACAGGACUUUGGUCAGAUGCUCCUGGGCUCGGUGCGGCCGAAUAGCUCACCCGAACAAUCUGAGAAUGAGCCCAAGACCGGCCAGUCACCUGAGAUCGUCGUAACAAGCCAUGCUUCUUCGCGACCAUCAAUAUCGGGCGCAUCAACGGAGCCUACUCCAGCCUUCUCGCCGAGGAGAAGUCGUGGGCUAACAGUUCCUGCUCUUGCGACCCCAGGGUUUCAUCGUCCAUCCUCUAGGAGCAGUACCGAGACGGCCAAAACUACCAGUUCUGAGCCUCAGGGGGCUGACGUUUCUCCGAGGGCAGCAGGGACGGGUUUAACUACUAGCAAAGAGGAUUCCUUCGAGUCGAAUGGUGGUAUUAGCCAUUCUUCCACAUUACACAGUAUGGGAGCUGGCUUUUCUCGACCGGACCCUUCUAGAAGAAAGUUUAUGUGGAUUCAUCUGCCGUUCAACAAUCCUCAUUGGGUCAAGAAAAUAUUCGAUAAGCUUUCCGAGACGCAGAAUCGAAAUUUUGAAAAGCUCCUUAGUAACGAAAAUUGGGCUAAUCGACAUGUGCAAGGACGACACGCGAAUCUCCACGCUUCGUACGUCAAACCUGGGUGUGCUUUUGUUCCAUCAGAGCCCGGCUCACCUCGUCCGCCAUCUCCUGGACGAGCCGGUAGGAGCCCUAGCCCCGCUAUCACUCCGACACACCUGUACCUCUAUCUACCGUAUCUUCACUUUGAUACGUAUGUAAAUAUAGUGCGGCGUCGCAAUAUCAUCAGGCGGAGGAUGGAUCAAGGUAGAGCAAGACCUGUUCCGAAAGAUGUUGCCGAGCUUGAGUCGCUUGACUCGCGGGUGAUCUGGCAGUAUAUUGGACACGAUCCACCCCUUAAUACGCGUAGAACUCUAGAUCAAUAUGGUUAUCCGGCUCUCGGGGAUACUUACGCACGAGACGAUGAUCAAAUGUUGUACAAACUUACCAAAGAGAGGAUUGCGAUCCCAUUUAAGCGAAAGCGAGAUAUGUAUCAUGUAGGUGACGGCAAAGAACCCCUAAGCGCACUUUCACCUGGAAGUCGAUUGAUGUCAACUGUGGACACAUUGAAAACUGCAGAUACAGCGAACCAUAAAGAAGAGAGUGAUUCGGAACUUGAGAACGACAUUAUCGAUGGUAAUGUCCUCAUGGUCGACCAGCUAUGGCUUUGGGCAGUUGAUACGACGACUUUAACGACUUUCUUCCCGAAGCGCGAAUCUUAUCCGAUGGAAGGUCCGUUGUUCCAACAGGCGGAUUUAAGAAACAGUGUAUAUAACGAGUUGAAUGGAGAUCUUAGCGGUCGCUGUGAAAAUGCACUGGAUCUCGCUGCUUUCAUAACGUUACAUGCAGUUACGGUAUUACUCGAUAGGACUUCCCAUCCGGACCUAGAAAUAUUCCGUAUAUUUGAGGAGGCUAUCGGGAUACUUACCGAAAAGAUGACUUCAUCGCUUAAACGAUUCCGAAUGCAGACAUUUCGAGAUAGGAUUUUCGAAGAUUCGGAUUCAGACGAGCCCGAGGAUAACCGAUCUGAGAGCAUAAAGCAGCGCCAUAGGCGAGAACUAGAGCAGUCGGAACGGGAAAACCGCGAAAAUACAUCUGCCUUACUUGAGCUUCGGGACAUGGAUGAUGAACUCAAUACAAUGAUGAACCUCUUCUCGGAACAGAAGGCUGCGAUUAAGGCGAUGAAGGAGAGCUACGAGAGACCUGAACUCCUAUCGUUUACCGAGAAUGGUCGAGGGUUCCUGGAUGAAGCCUUGAAACGAUUGCAGGAGUAUCAGAAACAGGUACACGACAUGAUCAAGCGAGUGGAUAACACCAAGAAAGAUUACGAGAAACUCCAAGAGAUGAUACAACGUCAAGCUCAAGUAGAUGAAGUACGGUGGUCGCGGUUACAGACUGAGCUAGCUAGUUCUCAAAACCUCUCAGUCAUGAUCUUCACGACGUUUACAGUGUUGUUCUUGCCGCUGAGCUUCUUUACCAGUCUGUUCGGGAUGAAUACUAAGGAGUGGGGAGGUGAAGACGACAACUUUGUCAGUCUUGGGUUUAUUGGCGCCAUCUCGCUCCCCGUAUCCGUAGCUCUCAUUGGCGGUACACUCCUGGCAGCAUUUAGCGGUCGCGUGCAAGCUGUCUUCAAGGGGUGUUUUAAGCUGGCAAAAAAUUGGAUGCAGCAGAGUACAGCUAAGCUCGCGAAACUAGAGCCGGAAGCGUCGCGACAGGCGAAACAGCGACGUAAGCAGCAACGAGAACAGCGUGAGCAGAGAGCAGAACGACGUCGUGAGCGUGGCUACGACUUCUGGGAGACGGUGCGGGCAGAGAGGCCUGACGAAUACGUCAUUCCUGACCUAAACCGUAAGACGGCGACUAGGAGGAGACUGGCUGGUCGUGGAACGUGGAAGAGAAUAAUUAAAGAUGGGUAUUAA